AUGGCCACAAAAAGGGCAUCCUCGGUUCAUGUAGACGAAGACUACAUUGACAUUGAACUAAGAUCUUCCCCCAACUUCUUCUCUUACUCCAUUGACACCACACCACAUAGCAGAGAAUUUGAGUUCCAAAACAAGGAAGAGUCCACAACUUCCCCUGCCGAUGAACUCUUCUACAAAGGAAAACUCCUUCCUCUUCACCUACCUCCUCGCCUAGAAAUGGUGGAGAAGCUUCUCCAGAACGCUGAUGCCACCUUUGGCUUCACAAGAUCACAGUCAUCAUUGGAAGAAAGUAGAUUUCUUUCAACAAAUGCCACCACCCCUCUUGAAUCCUGCAACAUCUCUCCCGCAGAGUCACGCAGGGUUAGUUCCUGUGAAACGCUCUCUUCUGAGUAUCAAUUUGACUGGUCCUCUGAGAUAGAAGGGUUGGUCAGUGAUCAUCACCAUCUUCCAAAGAAACAAGCAAAGCAGUUCUGGCUGGCUCAAAGGCUCAAGGCUUCAAAAACUUACUUGAAAUGUUUGUUCAGCAAAUCUGGCUGCUCAGAUAAGAGAUUUGGCAGUGAUGCAACAAGCAAAGUGGGGGAAGUGAAGAAACCGAAAUGCAAGGAGUGCCAGAGCAUGAAGUACGUGAAGGAUGAUGCCAGGAAAAACAGAAACAGACACAAAAACCAGUUUGAGUUGUUCUGUGACAACAAACACCGGAGGCAGACAUCCUGUGUGGUCAAGAACAGUGACGUGCUUGAAGAUGGGUUCAUGAACAGCAGCAGAAGGUCUUUCUCUGGGGUGAUUCAACGGCAUUGUGCCUCCAAGGCUUCAUCUUUGUCCACCUCUUCUUCUGGGUCAUCUUCUUCAUCUUCUUCUUUUUCACUCAGUUCAGCUGGGUCUUACGAAUUGCAGUUGUUCAACAAGAGUAUCAGUGCGGAGCUGGAGAAUUCAAUUGAGAGUGCCAUCGCUCAUUGUAAAAAGUCCCAGCAACAGGGUGGUUCGACCAAGGUUUGUUCACUGGGGAGCACGUGGAUGAACCACCAAAGGGAAAGUGAGAUAGUUAAAAAGAAUGAGUUUCUCAUUUGA